AUGCGUCAAUUGAAAUGCGACCUCCCGCAACAGAAUAUCCGUAGAAGGAGACCGGCAGCAAGGGGGCGGUCGCCAAAACGCGCGUUCAACGCCAAUAUAUCUCAACGGUGCAGCAACGAGGAUGGGGCGAGUAAAAGUAGGCAGGCAGGCAAGCAAGCCGAACAAGCAGACGUGGAGUUUAAUCACAAGCGAGAUUCCGCAACGGAAGAAGGAUAG